AUGGCGAAUCCCGCAAGACAACCACGCACACUUGUUUUAUGCUUCGACGGGACUUCGAACAAGUACGAUGAAAAUAACACUAACGUAGUCAAGUUAUUCACAUUGUUGAAGAAGGGUGACCCUGCCGAGCAACUGUGCUAUUACCAGGCGGGAAUAGGCACAUGGUUCAAGCCGGGCGUGGUGUCUCCUCUUUUUGAGUGGGGCGCAAAGGUUUUGGACCUUGUAUUUGCCUGGUAUGUCACAGGUCGAGAAGCAUCAACGCGUAAACUUGACUUUUUCAGGCAUCUCGACGCCCAUGUCCUUGAUGGCUACAGAUUUAUCAUGCAGAAUUAUCGUUUUGGGGAUAAGAUUUGCCUGUUUGGGUUUUCUAGGGGCGCUUAUACUGCGAGGGCGUUGUCUGGCUUCUUGUACAAGAUUGGACUCCUCCCUCGAGACAACGAUUCCCAGAUGCCUUUUGCGUAUAAGUUUUACAAACGUACCGAUCCGGCUGGAACAGAGCUUUGUGCGGGUUUCAAGCAGACGUACUGUCAACAUGUUAACAUUGAGUUCCUCGGCGUUUGGGAUACAGUCGCAAGCAUCGGCUUCGGUGGGGAGCUCCCUUUCAGCAAGGCAAACAGGAGUAUUAAGAUUUUCCGACAUGCGCUGUCGCUUGAUGAGCACCGUGCCAAAUUCCAGCCAAAUUUAUUUCACCGACCUGGACCUACCGAAGCAUCUGAAUGGUCCGGAAACCAGCAUCCGAAAACUGGUCCGGAAGCUACCGGAGAUUUGACCUCCGCGGCUCCUGGAUCCUCUACCCCAGACGAGGGACAACGUCAAGCAUCUUUCGGAGACACAUUGGGCACAGGAAAGGCAAUUGCACCCGUACUGGAGGAGCACGUGAUAUUAGCCGAUGUCCUGGAAGUCUGGUUCGCAGGGUGUCACAGUGACGUCGGAGGAGGGGCCGUUCCGAACAGCACACAUCAAUCUCUCGCCAAUAUUAGUUUGCGAUGGAUGGUCAGCGAAGUAAUCGCGUCGGGAUGUGGGGUGGUUUUCGAUCCUGCCGCCCUUGCUCAAGCGGGGAUUGACGUCUCCCCCGAACCCAUUGGGCGUGCAGAGCGGGAACUCGACGAUAUUGAUUGCCUGCAGCACAUUAACGAUGACCUUGUGAAAAACAAGAUGUGGUGGAUAGUGGAAUACUUGCUUCUACAGUUUAAAUGGCAGGAUGCACAGGGAGUUUGGCAUUCGAAGUUUCGUACCCAUCGAGGAAAGAGGCGACAUAUUCUGGAACCACAUCCGAAUUUUCAUGUUACGGUCCAGAAACGAAUGAAGUCUGCCUUGAACUAUACGCCGAAUGCCACUUGGGCGGCAGGAACGGAAGUUUAUGUACAGUGA